UUUGCUCUCACAGAGACACAAAAACCAAGCAAAGCAAUCAACAAAUCAGCUGUCUCGAAAAAAUUUGUUUUUUCUUUUCAUUUUUCGCAAUAAAAAGAGUCAUAAAUGAUUUUCCGUUGCUAGAUAAAAAGUGACGAGUGUGGAGCUAGCAUUUGACCGUCGAACAUGGAGAGCUUGCAGGUGAACACGAGUAGCGGACCGGUGUGCGGAAAGCUGUGUAUGGGUGUUUACGGCAAUGAGUACGUCAGUUUUGAGCGUAUUCCAUAUGCGCAGCCGCCGGUGGGUCCGCUACGGUUUAUGGCACCGCUGCCCGUGGAGCCCUGGUCUCAGCCAUUGGAUUGCACAAAGCCGGGCCAGAAGCCACUCCAAUUUAAUCACUACACUAAGGCGCUGGAGGGCGUAGAAGAUUGCCUGUAUCUUAAUGUCUACGCCAAGGAGCUCAACUCGGCGAGUCCACUGCCGUUGAUAGUCUACUUUUUUGGCGGCGGUUUUGAAAAGGGCGAUCCCACCAAGGAACUGCACAGUCCUGACUACUUUAUGAUGCGCGAUGUGGUCGUGGUUACGGUUUCCUAUCGCGUGGGCCCUCUGGGAUUUCUGAGCCUGAAUGAUCCUGCCGUCGGAGUUCCUGGAAAUGCUGGUCUGAAGGAUCAGUUUCUAGCAAUGAAGUGGAUCAAAGAGAAUGCGGCCAACUUCAAUGCGGAUCCCAAAAAUGUGACUGCUUUUGGCGAAAGUGCCGGAGCUGCCUCUGUCCAUUAUUUGAUGCUAAAUCCUAAGGCUGAGGGAUUGUUCCAAAAGGCUAUCUUGCAAUCGGGAAAUGUGCUCUGUUCUUGGGCCCUGUGUCCCAUCAAGGAUCUGCCCCAUCGGUUGGCAGCGAACUUGGGAAUGGAAAGUGCCGAACAUGUGACCGAUGCCAUGGUUUUGGACUUCCUGCAGAGUUUACCAGGGGAGAAACUCGUUCGACCAUAUCUACUUAGUGAAGCGGAGCACUUGGACGACUGCGUCUUCCAGUUUGGACCCAUGGUGGAGCCGUACAAAACGGAGCACUGCGUACUGGCCAAACAUCCGCAGGAUCUGCUUGGCAAGGCUUGGGGAAACAGAAUUCCAAUGCUGAUAAGCGGCACUUCCUUCGAGGGGCUGCUGAUGUACGCACGGGUGCAAAUUGCCCCAUAUCUGCUGACUAGCCUAAAGAAGGAACCGGAGCACAUGCUGCCGCUGGAUGUAAAGCGAAGUCUUCCCCAGGCUCUGGCUCGACAUCUUGGUCAGCGACUUCAGGAUACCCACUUUGGAGAAAGCGAUCCGUCAUCCAUGUCACCGGAAUCUUUAAAAGCUUACUGCGAGUAUGCCAGCUACAAGGUCUUUUGGCAUCCCAUCCUGAAAACUGUAAAGUCUCGGCUUACCAAUUCAAGGGCUGCAACCUACUUGUACCGCUUUGACUUUGACUCGCCCACGUUCAACCACCAGCGAUUGAAGUAUUGUGGCGACAAGUUGCGGGGCGUGGCCCAUGUCGAUGAUCAUUCCUAUCUGUGGUUUGGAGAUUUCUCCUGGAAGCUGGACAAGCACACGCCCGAGUUCCUUACCAUCGAACGGAUGAUAGACAUGGUGACAAGCUUCGCAAAGACGUCGAAUCCUAACUGUCAGCUUAUCAAGGAGCAGCUUCCUCGGACCAAAGAAUGGAAGCCUCUGAACAUAAAAUCCUCUUUGGAGUGCCUAAACAUCUCGGAGAGCAUUAAACUGAUUGAACUGCCAGAACUGCAGAAGCUAAGGGUUUGGGAGAGUGUCUGCCAAUCAUCAGACUACAAGGAAGUUUCUCCUGUGGUCCAAACGACCCAUGGAAAAGUGAAGGGAACACUUCUGAAGGGCAUCUAUGACGAUCAGUUCUACGCUUUUGAUGGCAUUCCAUAUGCUGUUCCUCCACUCGGAACUCUCCGCUUUAAGGAGCCCCACGCUCUUAAGCCAUGGCAUGGAAUUCGAGAUUGCUCCAAGCCAUUAAACAAGUGCCUUCAAGUUAGCUCCGUAACCAAGUUGGUGGAAGGCUCCGAGGACUGCCUUUACCUUAAUAUAUCAGUUAAAACUCUGAUCGGCGAUCCUAUGCCCAUAAUGGUUUAUAUCCAUGGAGGUGCCUUUAAGGGCGGUGAUUCUUCGAGACGGGCUUGGGGUCCGGACUAUUUUAUGAAGGAAAACGUUGUCUAUAUAAGCAUUGGCCAUCGGCUGGGACCAUUGGGUUUUCUGAGUUUUGAGGACCCAACUCUAGAAAUUCCCGGCAAUGCUGGUCUUAAGGACGUAAUAUUGGGUCUUGAAUGGAUCAAGGCAAAUGCUGUUAACUUCAAUGGAGACCCUGAUAGAAUUACUAUUUUUGGUCACAGCUCCGGCAGCAUGACCGUUCAAUUGCUGUUGGCAAGUCCCCGAGCAGAAGGACUGUUCCACAGAGCCAUACUUUUGGCUGGAAUAUCCCUGGAAGUCAAUCGUCUGCCGCAAAUGGAAUACCGUCUGGCCAAACAUUUGGGAUACGAAGGAGAGAACAUCGAUAGCCAGGUUUUAGAGUUCCUUUUGAAGGCAGAUCCGCAUCUCCUCGUCUCUGCUGAUUUUUUUACUCCCGUGGAGAAAAGUCAAGGGAUUUCUAUGGCCUUCAGGCCGAGUAUAGAGAGCUAUGUGACUCCAAAUGCUGUUCUUUUAGCGGAACCCAUUGACCUCCAGCGAACAUCUUGGAGCAAUCGAAUUCCCAUCAUCUUGGGCGCCAACAGUGGCGAGGGCAUGACUGUCAUAAACUUCUUGAAAUUGAAUCCGACAUGGCUGAAGAACUUUCAGCACAAUCCAGAGCGUGCAUUACCGUGGACCCUAAGAAGUCGCUGUGAUCCCGGCCAGCGGCGUCAGUUGGGUCAAGAGCUGAUCCACCACUUCUGCCAGGCCCACGGACAUGAGUUGACUUUGAAUCACGGAAAUGCUAUAAUGGACCUCUUUAACCAUGGCUUUGUGCAUACAUUAGACCGAUUGAUCCAAUCCAGAUUGACUUACGGGCAGGCACCCACUUACCUUUAUCGCUUCGAUUUCGAUUCCCCGGACUUUAAUUUCUACAGGAUUCGCUUUAUGGGUAAAGAGCAGCGGGGAGUGGGUCAUGUGGACGAACUGGGAUACAUUUUCGUGCUCCCCGCCACCUUUAAGUUGGACAAAUCUCGACCAGAGUUCACUGCCAUCUGUCAAAUGGUUGCCAUGUUUGUUCACUUCGCAGCCACAUCAGAUCCCAAUGCUCCACUAACUAAGGAACUGGUGGAAUGGAAGCCAGUGACUCGAUUUGGCAAACGAAUGGUUCUCAACAUCAGUGAGGAACUAAAGUUUAUUCCCCAUCCAGAUAUGCCGAAGCUAAAUUUAGAAACAUGGGAACUUUCUUUGCCCCUGGGUCAAAUUAAGGGCGUUAAACGACUUAGUCUCUAUGAUGACACGUACUUUAGCUUCGAAAAGAUUCCCUUUGCGAAGCCCCCACUGGGAGAAUUGAGAUUCAAAGCUCCAGUGCCAGCAGAACCAUGGAGCGGAGUGUUGGACUGCACCCACUAUGCGGAGAAGCCAACCCAGAGGAAUUUGUUGACUAGAGUUAUUGAAGGAACAGAGGACUGCUUGUAUCUGAACGUCUAUUCUAAACAGUUGAAGAGUGACAAGCCAUUGCCGGUAAUGGUCUACAUUUACGGCGGGGCCUUCACCGUGGGCGAGGCAACCCGUGAACUGUACGGCCCAGACUAUUUCAUGGCCAAAGAUGUGGUCCUGGUAACGCUAAACUAUCGCGUCGAUUGUUUGGGAUUUCUGUCCCUCAAGGAUCCCAGCCUGAAGAUUCCCGGAAAUGCAGGCCUUAAGGAUCAGGUUCUGGCUCUAAAGUGGGUCAAGCAGUACAUCUCCCACUUCAAUGGCGAUGAAAAUAACAUUACCGUUUUCGGAGAGAGUGCCGGCGGAUGUUCCACCCACUUUAUGAUGUGCACGGAACAGACCAGGGGACUGUUUCACAAAGCCAUUCCCAUGUCGGGAACAGUGCACAACUACUGGUCGGAUAAUCCGAGUGAGGACUUUGCUUUCCGCCUGGCGCAGAAGUAUGGGUUCACUGGCGAGAAUAACGAUUCUAAGGUGCUAGAGCAUCUUCGCGGAGUUCCGGCUAAAGAUCUUGUGAAUCACGAUCUGUUAGGACCUCAACACCGUAGGAACGGUCUGAUCUUUGCCUUUGGACCUACUGUGGAGUCCUAUGUGGGUGAAGAUUGUGUGGUUCCCAAGCCACCAGUGGAAUUGGCAAGGGAUGCCUGGUCCAACGAUAUACCCAUCAUGCUGGGUGGCACUUCAUUCGAGGGGCUUUUUAUGUAUCCCGCAGUAUCUGCUAAUCUCAAGGGAUUGGACAACCUUAAUCAGGACCCUUUGAGGCUAGUUCCUAAGGAUGUCCGAGAAGUAAGCAGCGAAAAGGAAAACCUGGAGUAUAGUCAGCGUCUGAUCAAAGCCUACUUUGGAGAAUCCCCACCCAGUGCAAAACUCUUCAUGAAUAUUCUUGAUUUCUAUUCCUACAAGGUCUUCUGGCAUGGUUUCAAUCGCACACUGAACGCAAGACUCGCCUAUGCUAAGGCGCCCACUUACUACUACCGCUUCGACUUUGAUUCUCCGAACUUUAACUUCUAUCGGGCUAAGUUCUGUGGGGAAAACAUAAAGAGUGGUGUGGCCCAUGCUGAUGACCUAAGCUAUUUGUUCAGGAACGCAGCAGCUUGGAAACUGGAAAAGUCAACAGCGGAAUAUCGCACCAUUGAAAGAAUGGUUGGCAUUUGGACAGCUUUCGCAGCGACCUCGAAUCCGAACUGUCCGGAAAUUGGUAAUUUGGAUUGGAAACCAUCGACCAAAGAUGAUCCCAAGCGAGUUCUUAAUAUCAGCACCGAAGUUACGAUAGUCGAUUUGCCCGAGUAUGAAAAACUUCAAAUUUGGGAUGGUAUCUAUAAACCGGACCAACUGAUCUGAACAGUGAAGAAUGCUAAAAAGAUGUAUUACCUUACGACCAAUUAAUAAACACAGUUUUUAUGUCAAUUUAA